AUGAAGAAGCUUUCCAAAUUUUCACUUGUGUGCAUUUUACUCUUUGGCUUCUUUCUUCUGUCAAGUCAAGCCAGAUGGCAAAACCAUACCAAACACAGCAAGCGCAACCACCCUCACAAGAUUUCUUACAUUGCACGGCCUCCUUCGUCUUCUCGACCUGCUGCUAGCUACAGUCCUCCUCCUGAAGAGCCUAAGAAUCCAUACAACUCUACACAUGGUGUUUUUGAUGUUCGAUCAUUCGGGGCUGUUGGAGAUGGCCAAACAGAUGACACUCAAGCCUUUAAGAGCUGGGACACAGCCUGCCAAAGUGAAAUGCCAGCACUCGUUCCUAAUUAUUUCACAUUCAUGAUUCAGUCCACAAUAAUUACCGGUCCCUGCCUUUCAGGCCUUGUGCUGCAGGUUGAUGGGACUAUAGUACCACCUGAUGGACCAGAGUCGUGGCCAAAAAACAACAGCAGGCGCCAAUGGCUCGUCUUUUACCGGAUCAACGAGAUGUCGCUGCAAGGGAGUGGUGUUAUAGAUGGGAGAGGAGACAAAUGGUGGCAUCUUCCCUGCAAACCCGACAUGGGCAUAAAUGGAACCACCUUGCCCGGACCAUGUGAUAGCCCAGUUGCUAUUAGGUUUUUCAUGAGCUCUAACUUGACAGUACAAGGUCUUAGGAUUAAGAAUAGCCCCCAAUUCCACUUCAAUCAUGGUUGCAGCAACGUAAAUGUAGAGUCCAUUUCUAUAUCAGCUCCUGCUCGAAGUCCGAAUACAGAUGGGAUUCACAUGGAGAACACCAAUGAUGUCAAAAUCUAUAAUUCACCUUAUGACACAGGCAAUUCUCCUUGGUCUCUUAUGAACCAGAACACUGUUUCUCCGCCCUUCUAUUCCAUUCUAAAGAAUAUUGGUAUAACAUAUAUACGUGGUGAUCAUGGCUUGAUAUGUGUAAUAUGUUUGGUGGAUCUGUUUCCUAGCCAGCUAGCCUGA